AUGUGGAUGAACACGGAUAAAAGACAGUGCGAAGCCUGGGGAGAUGUCCAGCCCAGCAACUGCCCGCCUGCUCCUCUCACCUUUGGUUGUCUGACCGCUCGCAAGGCGGCAGACCACCACCCGUACAUGACCUCCAACCAAACAGUGAGUGAGCCGUGCCUUACGCCUAGCAAGCUGGCAAAGCUACCUCUACCUACCUUGCUAUUACGCAAAGGGCCCACUGUAACCGCACCUACCUUUCCUUGCCGAUUUGACAUCUGCAACUUCUUUUUCCACCUCACUCUCCAACAUCCCAUCCCGCCUUCCACCUUACCUUCAACACCAGGCACUCGUUGCGAUCGACGGCUUGAUCUCACCGCCUGCUACUCGCGAGGAUUUUACGAUCUUGAGUCCGAGCGACACGCACUUUUAACAGGACGACCCGAACAGACAUUGCUUGGCAAAGCUAUUGUCACGGAAGCCCGUGAGGACGACCUGCACCCGGCCUCGCACUUCUGUGCCUUUCUACCCCAAGCUUUCUCGUCAUCGCCUGGUCGAUUUCUUUUCACGUUUUGA